UACUACUGCUGCAGUUGCUUAGACGCUGCUACAAUAUCACUAUCAGCCGGAGAGCCGCACGUCAACUACACCUCUCUCUCUACACUGCACAGCUAGAAACACGUCCUUGUGUUGUUGAUUUGUUUGUGUUGCCAUUUUAGCCAGCUGCUCGCUUGCUCCGGGACAUCAUGUUUACCUCCCAGACCUCGUCCUUCCAGGAUUCGAUCGACGUGGAAGAGAGAGAUGACUUUGACAGCGAGGAAAUUGCAGGAUACAGUCAGAAACAUCUGUUGAACUGCUACUACACCAUCUAUCUCUAUCAGGGCACACGAUCUGAGGCUUCUGUGGAAACUGGGGCAUGGAACCAGAGCCGAGCCGACUCCACAACCAGUCAGGAGGACUUUAGCCUGACGCUUAUUGACAGCAGCCUUCCAUCGGAGGCCGAGCCGGAGCUGCAGACGUACAUUUCAAGGAGGCUCGGCAAAGGUGCCCUGCUCGGAGGCAUGGGCAACAUCGCCACCGUGGAACUCAGUAUCCCAGAGCAGGCAGUGGGCUGCUACUGCUGUCUCCUGGAGCACGCCCGGUCUCCUGAACAGCCCGAUGCCGACGGAAACGGAUAUGUCAUCUGCUUCAUGGGCGGCUCUGAAAAAGGACUCAACAUGUUUAGAUUAGAACUUGAUAAAUACGUCCAAGGCCUGCAUAGCAGCCUGCAGACCCCAGAGCUGCAGAACCUGGAGACAGAGGUGCGUCCGUAUCUGAGCCGGUGGUUCGAGGAGUCCGUGAUGCACAUUUAUCGGGUGGUGCAGCUGGUCCAGGGCAACAUCGGCUUCUUGCUGCACGCUGCGCUGAGUCACACACUUGUGGAGCUCCAUAAUUCCGACGAGAGGACAAAGGCUGACGUGUCCCGGUUCAUCAAAGCGGCCGGUUUGCCGGGUCUGUCCCAACACGACACGGCGACGGCUUCUCUGUGUCCGGCCAUCUCCGAGGACGCGCCCUGUGACCUGAUCAUCGACUGCUCCACCAGCCCACCCACACUCUCUAACACGGUCAGUAAUCGUUUCUGUGAUGACUGGACUCAGGCGUUUCUCAACGCUGCGGAGCGGUGCAAUCCUUUCCUGCUCAGGCAGAUUCUGGAGAACUUCAAACUUAAGGCCAUCCAGGACAUGAACAACCUGAAGCGCUUUGUGCGCCAGGCGGAGAUGAGUCACUACGCCCUGUUUCGCUGCUGCCUCUUCCUCCAGGGCUGCGGCAACGGGGAUGUGUUGCUGCAGAACGCCCGGGCGGAGCACAGCGACCUGCCUGAAGCCUGCAGCAUCAUCGGCGUGCUGGAGGAGUUCCUCAGGGAGCAGGCCCGGGCCCGGGCUCAGGCCUGAGUCCAUAGAUCACCUGGUCACUUCUGAGCCCAGGACCACGUCCUAUGUUCGGAUCUGCUUUGGCAGAUUCAACAUUUAAAUGUUUUCUAUGCUUCCAACAACAAAUGUGUCUUUCAUUGGGGGUUAAUAAUAGUUAAUUGAUAUAUGUAACAUAAUUUAUUUUAACAAUGGUUAUUGAAGAUGAUGCUAAAACUGAAUUGUGGCUGUAGUGGCUCAUUCUCUUCGUUUCUCUUGUAAAUGUGUUCUAUCAGUGUUUCACAAUACUUUGAACCAAAUAUUACUACUAGUGUGGAAUUAUCUUAUUUAAUAUCCAAAUGUUAUUAUUUAGUAUUUAAUUGAUAGUACUUGUUUUUUGAUAAACACAUUGAGAAUGCACCAAUCACUUUUAUGCAUUGCUUGUUACAUAGGCCUUGUUUGUACUUACAUUUAAUCUCAAUACAUGCACUACAAUAUUAUUUUUUGUUAUGAAAACUUUGACUGCACAUACAUACGACUAUCAAAUGAUAUUAGAUGUAAUCCUUAUAUGUGAAUACAGUGUUCUAGAUAGUUUCAUUUUUGGAUAACAUUUCAUGUUUGCAUUCACCCGCUGAAGACGACAUUUAGUCUUCAGCUUUGUAUGUUUAGUUUCAAACGUACAAUAGUAAUACCCACAGAAAAAUCGUCUGUUUAAAACAAUUUAAACAAAUGAAAUUAAAAUGGAGAAUAAAAGAUAAUUAAAAGUGCUCACAGUAGAUGUUGGCAUGCCUUUAUUUUCCUCUCAUUGUAUCUGCAACAUGUUCUGAUAUUCAUUACACAAAGGGUUAAUACAGCAAUAUGAUGUUUACACUGUCGAGCAGGGGACAUGUAAACGUCUUUUGACUUGUGAACCACCGUGUGACCGAGCUGACCACAGUGCGUCUGUGUGAACACGUCUGUGCCGUCUUCUCUGGAGUUAUAAAUGGCUGUUAUUCUUAGUCUGAAAUAAAUACCACAGUUGAACCUA